AUGGUGGUUAUAUUGGAAGUCUUGGAUAAGACUAGACUAUGGCUGGGCAUAUUAGCUGCUUCUACGUUUGCUUAUUUUAGAAAUGCCCAUGUAAUAUUUGUUAUCCUAGGAGCAAUAACGACUUCGGUAAUAGCUCGAAUACUAAAGCGCCUAAUCCGCCAACCGCGUCCCAAAUCCUGCCCAAAUCCCCGUAGUACCUAUGGCAUGCCCUCAAACCAUUCAGCCUCAACCAUGUACUUUGCAGUCUACAUAUCUCUCUACCUCGCAUCAUCCACUCCCACCUUGACAGUUCCUCUCACUCUUUUUAUUACCAUUCUACUCAUCGCGGCAUUAUCUGUCGUCUGGUCCCGUGUCGAGCUUGGACAUCACACCCGCGGACAGGUAAUCGCUGGGACGAUAUUCGGGUGUUUAUGUGCAAGACAGUGGCAUUCGCUCUGGUGGGAGUAUGCAUUGCCGUGGUUGGUUGAUAUAGGAUUUGACAAGAGGCUAGGCGUGCACGAAAUUGGAACUGUCGUUGGAUACGUAUGGGAUGUGUUUAGAGAGCAUGUGGGGGUAAGGUAG